CAUUUGUGAACAGCCAAGAAUGGACACUGAGCAGAACAGUCCCAGAACUGAAAUUGGGUGUUGUGGGAAGCUUAACAAGCGGGAAAUCAGCUUUGGUACAUCGUUACCUGACGGGAUCAUACAUGCAAGAGGAAUCUCCAGAAGGAGGGAGAUUCAAGAAGGAGAUCGUUGUGGAUGACAGGAGUUACCUGCUCCUCAUCAGAGAUGAAGGAGGCCCUCCUGAGCUCCAGUUCUGCUCCUGGGUGGAUGCCGUCAUCUUGGUCUUCAGUGUGGAGGACGAGAUGAGUUUUAACAUGCUGUAUAACUUCUAUGCCAAGAUAGCCCACUACCGCAACACGGCAGACCUUCCCAUGAUUCUAGUGGGUACCCAAGAUGCACUAACGCAAAACUCACCGAGGCUGAUCGACGACACAAAAGCCAAGAAGCUGGCGGCCGAUCUCAAACGCUGCCCUUACUUUGAAACAUGUGCAAUGUAUGGACUCAACGUAGAAAGGGUCUUCCAAGAUGCCGCCCAGUUAAUAGUGGAGAAGAAGCACUAUCACCCGAUGGCGUCCCUCUCCAACUCGAGCAGCUCCCUCCCCAGCACGCCCCACUCGGUGCGUAGCAACCCCUUCCCAGGUACCGCCCCCUUCCCGGGUCCAAACACCCUCUCCGCCCCUAGCGUCAACCAAUCCAACAGCCAGCACCACCACCAGCAGCAGCAAGGAGGGGGAACCACUGGCUCCAUGGGCUCCAGGAAAGGCAGUAGAGACUCCAUCAGAGAAGGUUCACAAGGAUCCAAUCAAGGCUCGGACAGAGGACCGCUUCAACCAAGCCCUAGCAGUACACCCAACUUCACAAGAAAGUCCAGGAGGAAAUCAAAUCUCUUCACGCCCAACAAAGGCAAACCUCAAAAUGCUGAGGCAAAGAAUGGCGGUGCUGGCGAUAGUAGCUCCCUUCCAAACCAUAGUCAAAGAGGAAUCGGUAGUGGAAGAAGUAUUCCAGUCAAACAGGGUUAUCUUUACAAGAGGAGUAGCAAAGCAUUAAACAAAGAGUGGAAGAAAAAGUAUGUUACACUUUGUGAUGAUGGCAGAUUAACAUAUCACCCAAGCUUACAUGACUACAUGGAUGAUGUACACGGCAAGGAGAUCCGGCUUCUGAACACGACAGUAAAAGUACCCGGCAGGAGACCUCCUUUAGCUCGAGCUAACACCCAAGUAGGAUCCAAUUCAUCAAACUCAGGGACCAACGGCAUCGCCAACAACAUGAAAGCUAUGACGUUAUCAGGGCACGCUGGACCCGGCAUCCAUUCCAACCAAGCAGCCAUAUCGAGAGACACAAGUAAUCCGAUGCUGUCACAAAGAGAAGUGCAAGAAGCGAAGACAAAGUCCACAUCACUGCCACGGGAUACGUGUUUCUCAGACGCUGUUGUCAUCUCAAAUUCAUCUGUCAUGCCAUCAAGUAUGUCAAACGGUGUAGAUGCGCCUCUGUCAUUCCCUCAGAUGGGUAUGACAAGUAAAGAUGGGCACGGAUCCAAGAAAAAACAUAGAAGAAUGAGGAGUUCAGGAGGAAAUAAAAGCUUAGAUCAUCAUCAUUUAGAAGCAGAAAGUGAAGACUGUGAGUUUGUCAUUGUAUCAUUAGACAAUAGGCAAUGGAAUUUUGAAGCCACAAGUUCAGAGGAGAGAGAUGGAUGGGUGGUGGCCGUCGAGCAGAGGAUAUUAGCAUGUCUUCAGACCAAUGAGAGUGCAAAGGGUAAAGGUCAACUCUCCAAUCUCGAACAGAGCGCCAUCGUAGAGACCAUUAGAAAAGUACGAGGCAAUGGAUCGUGUGUCGACUGCGAAGCACAGAAUCCUGACUGGGCCAGCUUGAAUCUCGGUAGCCUCAUGUGCAUUGAAUGUUCGGGUAUUCACAGAAAUCUGGGCUCACAUAUCUCCAGAGUUAGAUCAUUAACAUUAGAUGAAUGGCCUCCUGAGUUAGCACAGGUGAUGAUGCUGACCGGCAACGCAUUGACAAACAGCGUGUUCGAGGUGUCGUUACACAGUCAGGUCAAACCUUCCAUCACGUCGGGUCGGGAGGAAAAGGAGAAGUGGAUACGAGCCAAGUACGAGAAGAAGGAAUUCAUAGCACCUUACCCGUACCCCGAGAGAAACCUUGGUCAGCAGCUUAUGGAAGCGGUCAUCAGGGAAGACAUCAGGGCGGUCAUGCUGUUAUUAGCCCACGCGCAGGGCGACGAGGUCAACUAUCGCUAUGGCGAUGGAGACGGGAGGUCGGCCCUUCAUCUGAGCUGCGCCAUGGGAAACGUAGUCAUCACCCAACUUCUCAUUUGGUACAAACUCAACGUGAACAUCAUGGAUUCUGAUGGGAGGACCGCGCUGGGGUAUGCGAGGAGCGUUGGAGCCGACGAUUGCGCGAAGGUGCUCAUCAUGAAUGGUUGCCAUGACAACGGCGAUUUAAACUCUAACAUGAACAAUAGCACGUUACUUAGAGUGCCCCCGGGACCCGGGAGGGGGCAUCAUCUUACCGGCGAUAAGAUUUCCAGCGUGAUUUAGGACUUUGGGGAUAUGCAAGCUUUGCAUUCUGUUUGGUGGUAUGCGAAUGAGAGGAGAGAAAUAGGAUGUAUAUUAGGGAGGAGAGAGAGAGAGGGAGUGUGUGUGUGUUUGUUUAUGGAUGCAAGAAAGAGAGAAAGAGAGUGGAUACAAGUGAAUGAGCAAAGAAGUAUAGAGAGAGAAUUUUGCUAAUGAUAGAAGCAAAGAGAUGAGAGUCGUGUUAAAAGAGAAUCAAAUAGGAAGGGAGCAUGCGAGAGGAGUGGGGAUGUCAUAUUUAAUACCAUUGAAGAUUUCGACAUUACAAACUGGAAUCAUUUUCAUUUCGCAAACGUACAUUCUUCUACGGGACACAUACUUCUCAUCCUUCAGCGCCAUGUUGAGCAAUCAGACCAGCAGGUAUGUGUUCCUGGAAAGUAAUUCUAUAUUCUAGGAUAAUUUCAGAUCUAUUGAGGUAUGAUGAUAUAUCAUGUAAUAUACCAAUGCUCACAAACCUGAAAGGUAGAUUCAACCCCUCUUUGUACGUUAUUUACAAAUUCAAACUUUUCAGUCUUUUAGGUUACUUUUGACUUUACGUUUGUCUACAUUUUCAUGAUAAUUACGCAAGCAAGCAGACAUUGAAUCCCCCUCCUUUCAUUCUCACUGAUAGAUCAGUUUGAAAACAUUUUCAUAGAAGAAACAGGAUAUUCAAAUGGUCUACAAGCAGUUGGUCUACAUCCCAGAUAGUCUAAUACCACAUGGGCUAAAUCCAUUUGGUCUAUAAAUCUCAAUUUGGUUUAACUGUCAUUUGAUCUAACCUACACUUAGUGUAAUGCCAGUUUCGUCUAGUUCUCAUUUCCGAUGAUGCUCAGACGGUCUACUUUCCACUUCAUCUAUUAAUUACGCUCUAUGUCUAAUGAAAAUUUGGUUCGUUAACAGUUCAUAUAACCACACAUUGGUGUCGGACCAAGCGGGUGUUAGAUGAAAUGGAUAUAGUCUAACUCCAAAUGAGACCAAUGGUGAAUGGGCUAAAUGGCAUUUAAACCAAAUGGUUAGUAGACGAACAGUACAAGCCACACAGAAACGUUGUUAGCGCUCACAGAUCACUCAUUGUAUAUGUAGGCCCAGUCACAACUUUCAGAUUGUGAUGUCAAACUGUGAUCCAAGAUGCAAGUAACGUGUUGUUAUAAGCCAUCGCUGCAUUACCGUUGGUUGUGACUGAGCCUUGGUUAGCACGAACAACGUUUCUGUGUUGCAAGUACUGGUUUAAGAUGAACCUGGGCCCCAUCUUACAAAGAGUUGCCAUUGAUCCAAACAACAUCAACUACCGGGUAUAUGAAAAUCCAUCAAUGUCAUAAUAUUUUCUACAGAAAAUUAUAGCAAAAUUUCCUUUGUAAACAAGAAGCACGUUGAAUUUUCAAGAAAACGAUUGAUUUACGAAUAUGCAUCAUACGUAGAAAAUAGUUUGAACAAACAUGCAUUUUGGAUGUUGACAUUGGUGUCUUUCCAUAGUUGUGGUUGAUUGGAUUCUUUGUAAGAUGGGGCCCUGGAUUAGACUAUGUGACAUGAGAUCAAAUAGAAAGUAGCCCAAGGGCCCAUUUCAUAAAACUUGUUGUAUUAACAAAUUCAUGAUAACAGUUAAAAGCUACUGAAAUCCUUCAAUCUGAUUGGCUGAUAGUAAAAUUUGUUAUAGAAAUUGUUCAUUUGUUAUUAUGACAAGUCUUUAUGAAAUGGAACCCAAGUGGGUGUCGACCAAGCGACAGUAUACCAUCAUGCUUGCUUGGAGAUUUAAAUGUUCAUGCAUUCAGCACCCAAAACAUCAUUUGCCCCCGCCGCAAUAUAUUUAAAGGCUGUCUGUCAGUUAUCUUGGUCUUUUAUGAACGUACAUUGUUCUUGGUGUGAUGUAGCACAUUGCAGAAAUCAGAUGAAAUACGUGGUUUGGGUGAAGCAGUAUGAUUUGAUAGGGAUUUUCCUUGUGAUUGUUUGGUGUUGUGAAAGGGGAGACUUUCACGGAGCAUCUUUUCUCUGAUUUCCAUUGACUGAUUUGCUCUGAGCCAAUCAGAUGCCAGGAUUUCGGAAGCUUAUAACAAUAGUCAGUGGAAAUCAAUGACAGUUUAUUUCAUGGAACACUCCCCAGGAAUCAACUUUAAAAAGAAGAAUUCUUUGUUAAAAACAGUAUUCAUUUGAUAAAACCUAAGUUAAUUUUUGUUAUUUAUGAAAGGAUAUAGGAUAUUCCAAACUUGUUUUAUGUUUUUGAAUCUUAUGUUUGAACAAUUCCCUCAGUCCUGUCUAUGGGCAUAGUGCAUUUGAUGCAACUCAUCAGACUUAAGCCUUGCCAGGGAUGAUUCAAAACAAACAUUAAAAAAGUUUAAUCUAUGUCCUUGUUUUAAUUGUGCAAUGAUUUUUUAAAUAUUUUUCACACAUUAUGUAUAGAAUAUUCUGUGUAAAUCUAAGUCCUUUUUAGACCAAUUAUAAAUAGCCAGUAUGUGUAGCUUUAUAGAUUAUUCUCAUUGCUAACUUGUAUACAUACCUAUAUGUAAUCUGUUUAGAUGUAGUAUGAUAAAGUCAUAUAAAGUUUAUCCAUUCAUAGGAAAAAAAAUAUAUCUUCAAUCAAAUAUGACCGUUUUUAGUCUAAAUCAAUAUGUGAUCACAUACAGUAAAGCACAGCACCUCUUCUGAUGAUAACAAGCUUUACUUUAAAGGUGCAAAUCUUUUCUGGAGAUUUUUUUUUCUCUCCUUUUGUUGAAUAUUUAGAAUGAAAUAAAGAUUGGCUCUUUAUGCAAUUCAGUUGUUCAUAGUGACAAAUACUAGACACAAGUAUACAAAACACAAACCGUUAGUCCCACUUGUAACAAAAUGGCAUAAGCUUCCAACAGAAAAUAUUUUGAGCAGAGCAUUUUGGUAAAAUUGCUCCUAUAGACUUACUUCUGUCCGAGUGACAUUGAUUUUCAAGUAAUUCAUGAUAAAGCCCAAAUUUCAGGCACAGUUGUCACUUUGCAAAAGUAACAAAAAAGUCCAGGGGGGAUACUCGUAUAUAAUUUCAGUAUGGGUGUAUGCAGUCUGUGCGUGCAUACAUAUACUAAAUAUACUGGAGCCCUUAGCCGACUAUAUGGUUUGUCCUAACAUGCAUGCCAGUGUUUCCAUAUAAAGACAGUUCCUGAGCCCCUUAUUUCAGGCGUCCCUUCUCAGGACCCCCAUUUCAUUGUAACUUAUGUUCGAUAAUUUGUAAAAAAAAAAAAUUGUUCAUUUUAUUUUGAUAGUAAUCAUUUAUGUUUGGAUUUGAAAUCAAUGAAAAUAAACUUGAAACUUGUUAAAUUCCACUUCCCAAGCACCCCCUAUUUGCAGAGUGCAAUCUCGUUCUUAGGCCUCUCGACGAGGACCCCAUCGCAUGAGCAACUUCCAUUCUUCAGGCCAGGGUAUGGUUUCAGAUUUUGGGACCACACCCCCCCCCCCUACCCUUUCCAAAUAAGUGAUAAUUUUUUCUGCUUGUGAUACAUACUCACUUUAAUAGGCAUGACUGGACAGAUACGUUUCCACUGCAUAAAGUUAAGAUUCAAGAAACAUUUCUACUAUAAACUUAAACUCAUUUUGCUGAAGAAAAAUUAAUUGUUGGAAUGCCAUGAUAUAAAAGGAACUUUCAUUUUGUCUUCUGUUUAAUUAUGGAAAAAAAGGAAAAUAAUCUUGCUAAAUAUUUAUGGUGCUCUUUAUUUUCAUAUCAAUUUACUGUUUUUUGUAAUUUGGAUUUAUCUUGGUGAUAAUUUUCUUCGAUAACUGUUGAAUUCCUUUUCCUCAUUGGAGCGAUAAUGGCAUUAUGUGAUCCAUUCCCUACAGAUUAAGAGAAAUUACAAAAAGUAGUUUAUCAAUUUAAAAUGUGGGACAGCAUUCCUUGCACAAAAAUCUGAGGGAGAGUAAAAUUAGAAAUGUGUCGAUGAAAUGCAUUUUACUUGGACCUUUCCUUAAAAAGAGAAGAGUUGAUUCUUUAUACCAGUUUGCUGUAUUAUAUCAUCAUCAACGUGUCAACACCAAACCUGUCAACCCUCAGAAUAAAUGAAUUAAAUUUGAAUCCUUAAAAAGCUACUUCUCCCUGAUGAAAAGUUCAUUGUAAGAAAAAUAUACAAUAUAUAACAAAAUAUUGGUGAAGGUUUGAGGAAAAUCUGUCAAUUAAAGUCGUUAUUAGCAUUUAAACUUUUUUAUUUGUGACAUCAUAUGCGAGCAGCUUCCUCAUAUAUCAUGUUGUAAAAAUUUCAAUGAAAUGUCAUUUUCUAAAAAAAAAUUUUUUAUUGUACCUUAAAAUACUGUACAUCAACAUACAAAUUAUUUCAAUCCCGCACAUGUAAGAAAAAAAGAAAUGAAAUUUAUGCAUUUUAUAUUACAUGACAUAUUGGGUAUCUCUCUUGUUUCCUUCCUCCAUUAAGGUCGGAGAUCUGCUCUAUCUGCUCUUAUAUGAUGUCACAAAUCUAAACCUUAUAAUUCUUAUAACUUUCUUACUCUUUGAUGGAUUUUUCCUCAAAUCUUCAAGUUUAAAAAAAUCUUUUUUCCGGUAUCGUAGCAAACUUGCCUUCAGGUUAAACCUUUAAACCCUCAACUAGACUAAACUGAGUAUUAUUUUACAAUAUGAGGCUGUAUGUUUUAUUGUACUUUAAAAAAAAAAAUAAUUUCCCUACAGUUAAACCAUGGUAGGGUGUGGAGUGUUGUAAAGAUGACUUGGAGUGUAUAAGUGUAUGCUGUGCAGAUAUAGACCUUAUGCACAUGACAUCAUUAUGUCAUAGCGCCCUCCCUCAGAGGAUAUAGGAAUACGCAUUAUAGGAGUUGUCGGAGAUGCGCCAGCUGCAGAUCACCAAUGCAAGGAAGGCAAUCGCUUCAACUCUCUCCGACGGCGGCGCUACGACAUCAACGCAGAAGGUCUAUUGUUUGGUGAUUUUUAUACUAGUUAUUAGCCAAGGAAACCAUCAUUUCUUGCCAUAAACUGUGUUUGGAUUCAGUAAUUAAACAUAAUGCAAUGCAAAAAUAAUUGUUGUGAUAUAGAUACUAAAUGAUAUGAUUAGAUCAUUGUGUAUUAAAAAUCCAGUGUACCAUAGUGUAUUUUAUCAACAGGUGUUGGUUAACGGUGUUAGAAUACAUCAAACCUGAGUCAAUGUGGCAUUGUAUUACUUGAUAGUUUAUUGGGAGAUUGCUAUUCCUAUACAUAAUUCUAGUUUGUAUUCAGAUUCAUAUGCUUAUCCUAUUUAUAAUUUGUAAUUAGAUUCACAUGUUUAUACAAUUGCAAGUUGAACGGCAGAUAAUAGUCCUCUUCUAAUUUAUUUAAUUCCUUUAGUUGUACCUGCCAUCAUUCCCUAUACUUUGCCAAUGAAACUUUAAAAUGAAAACCUUUUUUUAUUAAAAUUUCAAAAUAUAACAAUACAGGCAAUACUGUUUCAAUAAUUUUACUUUGAGAGAUUCCUGUUUUUAGAUUUAAAAGAAAUUUCUAUUUUUCCUAAUCAAAUUUGGUUUGACUUCUAUUCGGUCAGAAUGGUGCCAGACAGUUUGUGCGGUGAAUGAGUUUUGUGCUAUUCCAACUAUGUUAACCGAUACCUUAAUCUUACGUCACGAAUGUAAAUAGUCUAUUCUUGUCCAUGUGCUGUAUUAUUAAACCUAUGUACAUUGAAAGAAAAUUAGGGUUUCAACAAAUUCCAAUCUCUUUGUAAAUUAUGACAUUUUCUGUAUAUUGUAAAAAUUUGAUGCUGAUGUAAAGAAAGAUGUAUGUUUAAAAAUAUACAUUUAUCAUGAUCAUUUUGGAUGCCAUGUGAUGACAGUAAUAUGACACAGUAUAUGAGGUCAACGUCGACAUGAAUAUUCGAUUUAGCUUCAUUAUCACCACAAAACUUUUUAUUUACAGUGGAAAAUUAAUUUAUAUCUUGGAUGAAUAAUGUCAGUCAGUUCUGGUUUUGUCUUUCAUAGUUGAAAAGGGUCUGAUUUAUUUGUAAUGUACUUGUACUAUCUUAUUAGAGGGACUCCGUUUUUUUUUUCAUUAUUCCCACAAGAGAUUUGUUCAUCUAUGAAACACAAUUCCAUAACUUUCAUGAUGUUUGGAUUUUUAUUUUGUUUUCCAUUUCAGUUCUAAUAAACAGCCCUAGUUUGGCUGGUUUUUUUUUUUAGAAUGAAAAGUAUGUUUUUGUGAAUGCAAAUAACAUAUAUGAAUGGAUGAAAUGAAAUGAUUAAAUGAAGUAACUUUAAUGAAAAUGAUGAAAUAAAUGAUAAAAUAAGUAUAUAUUAUUGA